CCUCUUUUACCUUGUGAAUAAUUGUCAUCACCUCCAUUCUUUUGGUGUUCUCAAUUGAAAUGCCAGGCAUUAAAUGAGCCACAAAGGUUAAAUUCCCAUUAUCCUUCAAUCAGAGCAAGCCUGUCGUGCAGCCAUGAGUUAGUGGAGAAAAAUCCAGAGUUAGAGAAGAUUAUAAAUGGCAGAGCCAUUUAAUUGUGGUUAGCUGUUGGAUUCUGAUACUUUCUUAAAAAUACCUUCUUGCACCAACAUCUUCAUUGGAAACAGUUCAGAAAAAGCAGAGAAGAGAGACAACUUUCACAUUUACCAUGGCUAUACCAAUAACAGUGCUUGACUGUGACCUCUUGCUGUAUGGCCGUGGUCACCGGACAUUGGACCGUUUUAAGCUGGAUGAUGUGUCUGAUGAAUACUUGAUGUCCAUGUAUGGGUUUCCGCGACAGUUCAUUUAUUACUUGGUGGAGCUCUUGGGGGCGAAUCUUUCUAGGCCUACUCAGCGAUCCAGGGCUAUUAGCCCAGAGACACAGAUCCUUGCAGCAUUGGGUUUUUAUACCUCAGGUUCCUUCCAGACUCGGAUGGGAGAUGCCAUUGGAAUCAGUCAGGCGUCUAUGAGUCGUUGUGUUGCCAAUGUCACCGAAGCACUUGUGGAAAGGGCCUCACAGUUCAUUCGCUUUCCAGCUGAUGAAGCCUCCAUACAGGCUCUGAAGGAUGAAUUCUAUGGGUUGGCAGGGAUGCCAGGGGUGAUGGGGAUAGUUGACUGUAUCCAUGUGGCCAUCAAGGCACCAAAUGCUGAAGACCUCUCCUAUGUGAACCGAAAAGGCCUGCAUUCUUUAAACUGCCUGAUGGUAUGUGACAUUAGAGGGGCACUAAUGACCGUGGAGACAAACUGGCCAGGCAGCCUACAGGACUGUGCCGUGCUGCAGCAGUCUUCCCUCAGUAGUCAAUUUGAAGCUGGUAUGCACAAAGAUAGCUGGCUUCUGGGUGACAGUUCCUUCUUUCUUCAAACCUGGCUCAUGACCCCACUUCACAUUCCUGAAACUCCAGCAGAAUAUCGCUAUAAUAUGGCCCAUUCUGCAACUCACAGUGUGAUUGAGAAGACUUUCCGAACCCUCUGCUCCCGAUUCCGCUGCCUGGAUGGAUCCAAGGGGGCGCUGCAGUACUCACCAGAGAAAUCCAGCCACAUCAUCUUGGCCUGUUGUGUUCUCCACAACAUCUCCCUGGAGCAUGGGAUGGAUGUUUGGUCCUCUCCGAUGACAGGACCCAUGGAACAGCCCCCUGAAGAAGAGUAUGAGCACAUGGAGUCCCUGGACUUAGAGGCUGACCGUAUUCGUCAGGAGUUAAUGCUCACUCAUUUUAGCUAAUGUAGAAGGUGGAGAGGAGGGAGACUUCCCAGGAGUUGUAACACACUUUCUUCCUCAUCACCUUCUACACAGUUCCAUCAUCUAGCAUGACUGAGUAUUCAGAUACUUGUCAUAAACUGACAUUUAAUCUGUGUGUUUUGGUAAGGUUGGGGCUAUGCCGGAAUAUCUUGAUUCAUUUGCAAAUGCAUUAAACCGAAACCAAGACAGCGG